AUGGCAGAGGAACAAUACGGCUUUGAUGCUCUACAUCCACGCAUUGCAGCCCAAAAAGAACGUCGUGCACGUCUGGCGGCUGCCAGUGCCGUUUUGGAGAAAUCCGAACGAGCUGGCCGCGGGGAAAGCGGUGCCGAAGACGAUCUUUCUCUCGACGUGGAUCGUGAUAGUGACGGCGAUGGCGAUGUUAACAUGUCUGGCAUGGGCACUCACACACCAAACGGCACUGGAACUGAGGAAGCUACCGCCGCCUCCAAUCCCAAUGGUGAAGUAAAAAAGACUCGUCGACGCAAAAUCGAGGAAUACGAUCGUGACGACCCCUUUGUUGAUGACAGCGAGUUAAUCUGGGAAGAGCAGGCAGCAGCUUGCAAAGACGGAUUUUUUGUUUACUCCGGGCUUCUAGUUCAGGAGGGCGACAAGGUUUCUGUUGAGAAAGCCGAUGGAACUACCAAACGAGGUCGUGGCCGACGUGGUGGCGCAAGUGGCACCACCCAUGGAAACUCUGGUACAUCAUCUCGCGGUCGUGGUGGACACGCCGGUAGCAGUUCAACCACGAACCACCCCAACGGCGAUGGUGCUACAGCUGGUAAAUCAGGGACUGGCCGCGGCGGCGCCAGAAAACCGCGAAUCACCAAAGCCGACCGAAUUCAGAUGGAGAAAGAAAAAGUCGAGAGAGAAAAGAUGGCCAUUGGCCUCUCUGGGAAAGCCGCUGCAAAGUAA